AUGAUUGAACCAGGAACAGUAGAACUUAACCGAGAAUGUAAUUUACUAAAACGAUGUUAUAGUUUCGAACAGAAUGAUUCUCCGAAACGACCGAAAACUGUCGAAGACAAUGGUAUAUCAUCCACAGAUACGGAUACAGAAUCGAAAGAUUCCCUUAGUGAUAAUGAAAGUCUUCCUGACGAUGAAUCAAAUCUCUCAACUGAUCAGUCUCGGCCUCUGCCGGUUGUUUAUAUUCAAACAGGUCUGUCUUCUCGAACUCCGACACUGAGUAGACAUUCAAGAAACAUAAUCAAACAAUUUCGGGAUCUCUGUAAUCAAAAUCAAAGAAAAACACUCCUAUCGACGUCGUGUACAAAUAAUAGCGUUGAUCAAAAUAAAAAACUACGAUGUGAAUUAAAACAGACAUUUGAUCGAAAUGAUCUCUUCAAAGAAGGUUACGUGGUAUUAUCAGAUGAAACAUUUCCAUUUCAUUCACUUUGUUAUAUGUGCGGCUCUAUGGGCACUGAAUUGAUCUAUUGUAAUAGCUGUUGUCAAGCGUAUCAUACAGUUUGUUUGAAUGAAUUUGAACGUCCUGAGUUGUAUCCAACACCUGAGUCUUGGGUAUGUCCCAAUUGUACAAUAUGUAAUAUAUGUGGUUUAGAAAUCAAUGCGGCCAUAAUCUCAUGUUCGGACUGUAAACGAAGUUAUCAUGUCAAAUGUCUGAAGCAAUGUAAAGGCGAACAAGAAAGUAUUCAGUGUUCAAAUCAAAGAUGGUCUUGUCCCUUGUGUAUUAAAUGUGAUUGUGGACAACCGGUAGUUUCGACUGAACGGAAUCUUCUUUCGUUGAACAGAUCUCUCUCAUCGCAGCAGUCCGCGAUGUGUGCUGAUUGUUUGAAUAAUAUGAAAAUUAUUCGAUCGAAUAAAAGUGAAUCCAUCGAAAAAUGCCAUAUAUGUGACAAAUUCAUCGAGCAGUUCAGUACCAAACCUAGACCAUUGUUUUCGGUUUCCUUAAUUGGCAACCAACCGCAAGAGAAAAUCAAAAAUUUAUUCCAAUGCACUCAAUGUAAACAUCGUUUUCAUCCGAAAUGUGAUGGUUAUCUAAAUGAAGAUGUUACCUUGAUCAAAAACAUCUCGAUCAAUAUAGUUUGCUCAAAAUGUGACUUAAAUCAAAAGGAAAAUACUCGAAAUGCAUUGCUCAACUAUAAAAUACAAAUUCUGAAAAGUACAACAGCAAGUUUGUGUUCCACUCUACAAAUCAUGAUCACUGAAGAUAGUCGUUUGCAUUCCAUGAAACGUUAUUUGUCCAACCUGCAACAACUGCAUCAAGCUCGUACAUAUUCAUUGAAUCUGCACGCUUUUAUCAACGAUCUACUGAUUAUCAUCCAACGCCUACUCGAUAAUCAGGAUAGUCGACAAUGGCAAGCAGCUAUUGACACUUGUAUAAAACAAUAUUGCCCGUGGUUUAAGCUAUCCAGUGUGUUAUCAAACACGAAUAAAACAUUAAUUUGUUCUUCGUCCCAUUUUUCUCAAUCACAAUCGAAUUCAACUGUUCAUCGAUGCUGUGCUUUGCCAUCGAUGGAUCAUGCAUAUGCAUUGAACAACGAUCGUCUGUUCUUACAAGCGAAUAUCCAUAAGAAUCAUUUAUUGACAUCAACUGAUUCUCUAUUGCGUUAUAUCGAUAAUAAACUCGACGAGAAAGAUUCUUUUGUUAAUCUGUAUCAAAUCGAUACUCGACUCUGUCAACUGUGUCAAACAUAUGCUGAACAUUAUUCAGCAAAUAUCUCUCGUCUUAUACCGAUUGGAAUCAAACAAUGGGUACACAUCGGUUGUAUACUUCCAGCAUAUGUGAAAACUCUUGAUCGAUCACCGUAUGUUCUUCAUAAUGUACGCGAGACAGUUCAACGAUGUCAAACAAAGCUCAAAUGUGAUUUGUGUUUGCGAAUGGGUGCAAGUGUACAAUGUUUUGAAAACGAUUGUCAAACUUAUUACCAUUGUCGAUGUAUAGAAGAAUACUAUACAAAAUUUGAUAAAGGUUUACAAGAAAAAUUCAACAUGACUAAUGGAUUGUUACCGAAUUUAACCACGCUGUGUAUCAAACAUAGUAAAAUGAAAUUGAAUGAAAUUGACAAUAAUUCGAAUAUCUCCAAACUGAAAUCGAUCAAUUUAUCUUCUACAAUCUUGACUGAUCUGUCGAAUUCUGUUCUUGAAUUUUCUUUCACUGACAUUCGACUUUGUAUUGGUUCUCUUCAAAUCCACUCACUAGGCAAUUUCGAAUAUCUUCUCGACGACGAUCCGAACCCGAUAAACUAUCCCAAUAAAUAUCAUGCAUCACGUGUAUUUUGGAGUACGAAGAAUGCUCGACAGAAAACAAUCUAUCAUCUGUAUAUCGACAUUGAACAAACGUACCAUCAAGAAACAUGUAAUCAUCAAACUAUUGCGUGUCCUCUUUCACAAGAACAACAAUUAUACGAACAAUGCCAACAAUAUUUUAAUACAUUUCAAAGAAAAACGUCCACUCGUCAAACUCAUCAAUCACAUAUCGAAAUUUUCAACGAAAUUCAAAAUCGAACAUCGAAGCCCGUAGUAAAAACAACCACACUAUCAAAAGAUCUGCAUAUGGAUGAAAGUUCAUCUAAACUCUCAGAACGGAACACAGAAACGAUUGCAGUGGAUGCGAAAACCUUAAGAAACUUCUUUAUGAACGAUUCCAAAAGUUUCUCUCAAUUAGCUUUCGCACUCGCACAUGCUCUUUCGGGAACCAACACACAAGAACAAGAGCCGAUCUUUAGUUAUUACUUAUCUGACCAAAGAUCUAUAUGCUCAAAUCAAUCAACGUUGCAAAUGGCAGGCGAAGAAUCAGCAGUGAUUCCGCAAAUCGAUGGAAACGUGGAUAGCGAUGAGAAUGAAUCAAUAACCGAUACAAAAUCGAUGUUCUCCGAGAAAAUACUGAUGGAAAGAUACGAUCAGUGGACGAAAACAAAAUACGGUCACAUCAAAUUUACAAUUCUGAGUGAUGAUGGAUACAAGAUGAGUUCAAGUGAUUUAGAACAGGCUUGGUCUCAUGUUGUUCAUCUAGUACGCGAGUGUCGCGAUGAUAUGAAAUUAACACAUAUACCAAUGACAAAUCCAGAAUUAAAUGGACAUCGAAUGUUCGGAUUAACAAAAUCAAUAGCUAAAGUUCUCUUCAAUCAACUCUAUCACAAUUCUUUAUCUGUCGAUGAAAGCAAGGAUAUACUCACUAUAUCGCCAUCUACAACGAAUAAAUCGACUAAUCUAAUCAAACGAAAAGUCAAUUCGAAAAAAUUCUCGCCGGUAAAUUCAAGAUUGAAUAUUUAUCGUAGGAAAACAACACAACGUCAACGGUUCAAUUGGUUAUUAAAUCCAAAUCGAAAACUUGAUCAUGCUUUACAAACAUUCGUAAUUGACGAUGCACUCGCCUGUGCAAGACAAGUGCUUCUUCAAGAAUCUUCCGUUCGUUUACGUUUAUUUCAUUUACAUUAUUUUUCCGAACGUGCAUUAAUCAUUGGAUCGUCGUCGAUACAUGGCUGUGGCUUAUUUACCUUGAUCGAUCUAGUCAAAGGACAAAUGAUAAUCGAAUACACAGGAGAAGCUGUUCGACCAUGUCUGACCGAUAAACGUGAAUAUGAAAAUGAGAAGAAAGGUUUUGGUUGCUACAUGUUUACCGUUGAUUCCAUGAAUGUUAUCGAUGCGACACAUCAAGGAAACAAAGCACGUUUUAUAAAUCAUAAUUGUCAACCAAACUGUUUUGCGAAAACAAUUCUAUCUGAUGGUAUAAAACAUAUUAUAAUCUAUGCAUCGAAAGAUAUUCAUCGUGGCUGCGAACUGACCUACGAUUACUCCUUUCCCGAAGAAGACGUCAAAAUCCCCUGUCAUUGCGGCACAAAUCAAUGUCGAAUUUAUUUGAAUUAA